AUGAGUCAGACAAACCAGACCAGAGUGACAGAAUUCAUCCUCCUGGGACUUUCAGAGGACCCCCAGACUCAGUUACUGCUCUUUGUAUUGGUGUUGGGAGUCUACUUGGUUACUGUUCUUGGAAACUUGCUCCUUAUCUUUCUGGUUCUGACUGACUCCAGUCUCCAUACGCCCAUGUACUUUUUUCUGUGCAAUUUGUCCACAGCUGACCUCUUCUUCUCUACCAACAUUGUUCCCCAAGCCCUAGUCCACAUGCUGUCUAAGAGGAAGGUUAUUACCUUCAUAGGAUGUGCAGCUCAGCUUCUUCUCUUUCUCAUUUUUGGGUGUACACAAUGUGCCCUGUUAGCUGUCAUGUCCUAUGACCGAUACUUGGCAAUCUGUGACCCCAUGCAUUACUCUCUCAUCAUGACAGGGAGAUUGUGUUGCAUCUUGGCCUUGGGAUGCUGGACCAGUGGUUUUCUAGUUUCCAUUGUAGAUACUACAUUCACACUACACCUACCCUAUCAAGGAGACAAUAAAAUUGCUCACUUCUUUUGUGAGGCCCCAGCAAUCUUGGCUGUAUCAUCUGGAGAUACUCAUAGCACACAAAUGGCCAUUUUCCUCAUGGGAGUAGUGAUUCUUCUUGCACCUGUGUCCCUGAUCCUGGUCUCCUAUGGCUCUAUCAUAGUGACUGUCAUCAGGAUGAAGACAACCUCCGGGAGACUCAAGGCAUUUUCCACCUGUGGCUCCCAUCUUCUUGUGGUUAUACUUUUUUAUGGAUCAGGAAUAAUGACUUACAUGACACCCAAGUCUUCUAAGGAGCAGGGGAAACUGGUGUCUGUGUUUUAUGCUGUGGUAAACCCCAUGCUUAACCCCCUUAUCUAUAGCCUAAGGAACAAAGAUGUGAAGAAAGCACUGGGAAAUGUAGCCAACAGAGGGAAAUUUUGCAGAUGCUGA